UGGCACAAGUUGUCUUCAUUAGCAAAGGAAGUUGUAGCCUUCUUAGAGUAACCCUAAACUGGAGACUCUGGACACCGCAGGUGCAGGACGGACAUAAGCUCAUGAUCUAGCCUGCUGAACCUCUUGACAGGUAUAUGCAGGAAUGAAGGUAGAGUGGAUUCAGGAGACAUUGCCAGACGUAAUUCUUGCUUAUCUUGAGACGAUCAGCUUCUGGAAAGCUGCAUUGCGCUAGUUUUGAAAUUCGAGCUUGAGCUGUUUUUCAAUGGCUCCUAGACAUCGUGGGAUGAACAGACGAGGGGCCGACCUCGUGAAUUGAAUGGAAUCCAGAGUCAAGAACCGAGUUCUGAUAUUUGAUAAUUGAUACUGUUCAAUCACUGUCCGCCCUCCGCCUUCCGCCAGACGGAUCAUCAAAAGGUGGUUCAUGUAGAGACUCGUACUUGUCAGAAAGCUGGGCAGCAGAGUGGAGUGAGGUGUGCAAUUUCGAUGACACACCUCGUGCCUGCUUCCUCGAUUAUACCGGAUGUGGAGGACAACACCGAGCGGCCUCACAUGGAGGGCGAGUCUGAGAAAGAGUCGAGCGUUGUCAGCCCCAGAGGUCGUCCCUUUUUUGUUGCCGUGCAUGUGGGAGCCGGAUACCACUCUCCUUUGAACUCUAAGGCUUACUGCAGAGCAAUGCGGCGUGCUUGUAUGGCCGCAGCCUCAGUUUUAUCAAAGGGUGGAGGACGGACCAUGGACGCGGUUGUGUCUGCUAUCAAAGUUCUUGAGGAUGAUGAGAUCACGAAUGCAGGUAAAGGAUCAAACCUGACAGAAGAAGGGAGCGUGGAGUGUGAUGCCAGCGUAAUGGAUGGACUUACAGGAGCAUUUGGAGCUGUUGGAGCUGCACCUGGUAUAAAGAAUCCCGUCGAAGUUGCGGCGAUGCUUGCAAAACAGAGUCUAGCGGGGCCUCUACCAUUGGGCCGGAUACCUCCAAUAUUUUUAGUAGGACAUGGAGCACGAGAGUGGGCUAUAAAGCAUGGCAUUGAAGCUGCUAAGGAUGCUGGCGAAGCUAGAAAGUACCUAGUAAGCAAGCGGGCUAAAGAACAGUGGAUACAUUAUACCAAAAUGAUUGAUACAUACAACACGCAAGAUGUUCAGAGAAAGCAAGCAAACACGUUGGAAAUAAGGAGUUGCGCGAAGACAACUGCGAUUCUGCAGGAGACGAGUGCAGUAAAGAUAGAUGGUGAGAAAACUUUUGCUAAACCUGCACACGUGGAGGAUUUAGUACUUGAUACAGUCGGAGCCAUUUCGGUCGACAGUGAGGGGAAUAUCUCUGCCGGAGCUUCAAGCGGAGGCAUAGCCAUGAAAGUUAAAGGGCGUGUUGGAGUGGCUGCACAGUACGGAUGUGGAUGUUGGGCAAGUUCUAAGCCACAUUCAGAAGGAACAUCAGUCGGUUGCUGUGUUUCUGGCGCAGGCGAGGUUAUCAUUCGUGGCUUGGCGGCGUGCGAGUGCUGCAGUUCAGCACAAAAAUCAAUCACGUCGUCUAGCUCCAUGAGCGGCCCUCUUCUGCACGAGCUAAGACUGCUAAGAUGUUUGUUGCUCAGAUCCGAAACUGGUCCAGGUCCAGCCUGUCAAACUUUUUUAUCCAGAAUGAUGGAGAGUCAAGGAGCCUUUGGUGGCACCAAUGAUGCCGGGAUUUUGCUUGUACAACUCGACGCAUCAGAAGGAAAUAGGGCCACAACUCGUCCAAAAUUAGGUGCAGUGGAGCUUGUAGCAGCUUUUACUUCAAGAUCAUUCGGAGUUGGCUAUUAUGGAAGUCUAAUGAAGGCACCCAAGACCGAAAUAUUCAGGAAACCUCAAAGUGAUAAAGUAGGGUUAUUCGCAACGCAUGUGAACAACAGCAGCAGGAGCAACGACUGUUAGCAACUUUCUGUUCCAUCAGGCAGAGCACAGAUAGAUGUUCAUGUAGCGAAGAGUUGUCUAGCGCUCAGUUUAGACCUUAAUUGUCAGCUUUUCACGACGACGAUUCGAAAUGGGCAUGGUGAGCGAAGGAAACUCAAUCUCUGCAGUAAAUUGCUGCACUUUUUUCCUACAACGAUCAAGACUAGCAAUGGAGCAAAUCCAUAAAGCCCAACAGUAGCAUUUUUGUCUUCACCAGCAGGAAGUUUAUUCUGCAUGUUCCAUCUUUAUCUUUCUCCAAUAUCUCAUCGGAUGUGAAGGCCCCGUUUUGAUCAAACACAUGUUUUCCUCGUGCAUUUACUUGUGGAGAACUACGCUACAGCCCACCCACUUUAUGGAUCAAUAUUCGUCGAUGUAGAGCUUCACGGGUCUAAAACAGGUCCUCAAUCAAUACAACAGAGGUUGCUGAUGAAUAAAGUCCGGCGCGAUCUUCCAUGUCAACAGAGCUGUGUUCGUGAGUUUUGUCUUCAGGCAAAGCGUUCAGAAGUCUUCAUACUUCGAGAGCAAGUUUCAGACUCUCGUUGUCGUCCUGG